UGCAAGCUCGCGCGACGGAAGUGCGCCACUGCACCGAGCGAACUUGAUCGCGGCGUCGCGUCGUUUUGGCGACCGGUCUCUCAUCAGGAUCAGACCAUCAAACCUCCUCGGCGAUCAUUGACUGGUGGAUUCUCCUUAUUGCCGGGCGAUUUUCGCUGAUUUGCGAGGUUGGACGCGCGAUUUAACUGCGAGAUGACCGUGCCACCGGACUCCUAUCAAAUUUCGCUGAAUAUCAUAGAGGCGAUCAAGCAGCAUCCGGUGCUCUAUUGCACCGAGGUGAUAGGCCUGACGGUGAAGCUGCAGGAGUUCAAACAGAAAGUCUGGAAACGCAUCUCGGACGAGCUCGGAUUGGACCCUACAUGGGUUAGACUGAAAUGGAAGAAUCUCAGGGAUACUUACUGUCGCAUCUUAAAGUGCAAGAACAAGACGGAGGAGGGCGCGAGAAGAAAAAAGUGGAUCUUCGAGGAUUACCUGAACUUUAUAAAAUACCCAUACGAGCCGGACUAUCAACCACAGUGCGUAGAACUGACCGAGGAGUACAUACAGGAGAUAAACUCGGGUGAGGUAAACUCUGAGGGUCUGCUGGAACAGUUGGAGGAUCGAAAUGAAGACUACAGCGAGUAUCUCGAGAUUCUCGAAGAGACAUCGACCGAUCCAGUUGUAAUGAUACCAGAGACGAUAGAAACGUUGGACAACAGUGGCGUACAAUUGGUCACUCAGGAAGAAUUUUUGAGUGAACAAGACUCUACGCAACAGGAUAUUGAGAGCUGCGUCCAACAAAUACAGUCAAAAUAUCGAAAGAUACGUCCGAAACGGGUGAAGACCGACGAGUUCGCCACGGAAUCAUCUAGCCCCAAGAAGAUAAAAAAGUCUUCCUUUAAUAAUGGAAGUGCAUCUGAUAAAGCGUGUAGUCCCGUUUUCAAGCCGAGUUCAUUAAGCGGCACUUCGACACCGGUGAAAAAACAGAACAGUACGAAGAAGAAUGACGCGACUUUCGAGCAAGCUUACUUGGCACCCGAGAGUAAGAGUAUAGAAUUAUUUUUCGACAGUAUGGCGCAGACGGUGAAGAAAUUGCCGCCUAAGGCACAGGCGGAUAUCAAGAUGCGCAUCUGCAAGCUAGUGACGGAGGCGGAGGUGCAAUAUUCUAUACAGAACUUGCCACAGAGCUCGCAACAAUUUAUAGCGCCACCCGGCAUGAUACCCAAGUUAGUAUUGAUACCUUGUGAUAUGAUAGAUAAUCAAAAUCAGGAUUGAUCCGUUUGUAUUAAUUGCGCGCCGAAAAAUAUAUUACAGAUUUAGUACAAACCAAUCAUUUUAUAUUAACAAUUUAAACUGUUACGAAUUUGCUAAUAUUAUGCAUGAUAUUAGCCAAUUUCUAAAUUUUAUGUAUGUAUGAGGAAUUAUUAGAAAUUUGUGUUAAUAUCACAAUACAUAUUACACACACAC